UCACCGAUUGCUGCAUCUGCACGGACCACAUAGCUGUUACACACGACUUAACGUUCCAGCAGCAUGGUUUUCUCAUGGUAUGGUUUAGAUAAUUCUCUCAGUUUGAUUUGCGUAUAACACUUGAUAAAUUCCUAUAGAGAGAUUUAUACUGUUUCGAUAUUCGCUAAUUUCAGUGUUGGCAUGCACGUCAUAUGGCUGUGUUACGCUAGAAAGCUUCAAAUUUAACAACAUAACAGCUAGUAAAGUACAUUUAAUGGUCUUCUAGACAAAUAAAUCACAACGCCAGUAAGUUCGUGCUAAAUGUAAUAAAAAAAAAAGAAACGCUAAGCAACACUUUGGUGUAGUGUUUCAGUAUUCAGGUUACUUAAGCUAAGCUUUAAGAUGUCUAAAGUUAAGUUGAAGGAACCUGCUGACAGUAGUCAGACUAAUGGUCCAUCAAAAGAGAGGAACAAGAAAAAUAAACGUGCCUUGAGAAAGAAUCAAGUGUUUGUCAAGAAAGCAAAGAUGGAAGCAAAACCUAAACCUAUAAAGAAGGACAUUUUCCCCAAAAAUGAUCAAGAGUUUUCAACCAACUGGAAGAAUUUGCUGCAGGGUCUGGCCUCAAAUAAGACUGAAGGCACCAAACAGAUGAAAGACGCAGGAGUUAAAGGAAAGCAGCCUCAAAAAACGGCAACAGACUCUCACAAACCAGAUAAACGCAUAAAUAAAUCAAAACAGAACGUCAAACCCCCACGAGAGAAAACUGGUCAAUCAGAAAAAGAUGGAAACCAACAGAAUGGAAAAGGCCCAACCAUACACAAACAGUACAAAGCAGAGAAGAGGAAAAGAAAGGAGGAAAAAACAGAGAAAAACAAACCAAUGGACAAAAAGAAGAAAUUAAAGGAGGCGGAAAUUAAAACCGAAAAGCUUGAUAUCUGGUUUGAUGACGUUAACCCCGAUGACAUUGAGGCCACCGUGGGUCCAGAGGCCGCUGACAUCGUACGGAAACGUAACGGAAUAAUUAAGAGUGACGUAGAUAUUAUUGAGAAAGCUCUCGUGAAAGAACACUCGUUUGAGGGAUUGACCCGUGCUGUUGCUAUGGACUGUGAGAUGGUGGGCGUCGGCCCCGAUGGCGAGGAUAGCAUUCUAGCACGAGUCUCGCUCGUUAACAUCCACGGGAAAUGCAUUUACGAUAAAUACGUCAAACCUUCUGAGAAGGUCACCGACUACCGGACGGCAGUUAGUGGCAUCAGACCGGCGGACAUCGUAAAUGGUGAGGACUUUAGGACAGUUCAGAAGGAAGUGGCACAGAUUCUGAAAGCACGAAUUUUAGUGGGACACGCCAUCCAUAAUGACUUAAAGAUUUUGUUGCUGGAUCAUCCGAAGAAGAUGAUUAGAGACACACAGAAAUACAAACCAUUUAAGCAGAGGGUAAAGAGUGGACGUCCUGCAUUGAGGGUUUUAUGCAAAGAGAUUCUUAAUGUUCAAGUCCAGAAGGGUGAACAUUCAUCUGUUCAAGAUGCCCAGGCUACCAUGAGGUUGUACACUAUGGUGAGGAAGCAAUGGGAGGCAGAGCUUAAGGCCAGCAGGUCUAGGGGUAAACAGCCGAAGAGUCCCCGCAUACGCAGAGAGCCUAAAACUGAGACCCAGCCUACGAAACGAUUCACAGUCAACAAACUGGAUCAGGACUGAGAUCUGAGCAGAAAACUGUUUUUGAGUGACACAUGCAGUGCUAUCGAGUAAAGCCCCCCCACCCCCCGUUACAUUAUGGUGCAAUGCUGUCAGUGUUCAAAAUGCUUUUUACUUCCUGAAGUUCUGUGUCCAUAUGUAAAACUGUCAAUUUGUAAAAACAUCGGAGGAUGUUUUGCUGAAAGAAAUAUUUAGAUGGUUUACUUAACUCUAAAGCAGAUGUUAGUCAGAAUGACAGCCUCCAUCAACAUUCAUUGCCACAUACCGGUUUGCAACAGCACAUAAGAUUAUAUGCAAGUAUGUAAGUUUAAAAUAUUUUAAUGUCACUUGCUGCCAUAUAAAGUUUAAUCCAUCUGGAGUCAAUCAGUCAGAAAUGUUAUCUGGUGAGAUGUUCACUAAGUGUUUAUAUCUACCAAUGUUCAGUGCAGUUUAGCGGUUGUAAGUUAAAGGUGCUGUAAGCGAUUUUGCGAGCUGAACUGUUGAAUUAGCCACGCCCCCUCUUUCCAAAACAUCCAAAACUGAGCAGAAGACCGUCAUCCCACAGUUGUCAAACACAACUAUAGCACAAUAGUGCCCUCAACUGACAACUGGCAUGAAAAACAUGGCAUAAAAAUGUCUUUAUGCCUCAGUAAUUUGCUACAACAACAUCAUUAUGAGAAUGCGGCGUUUGAUUGACAGGCAUAAAGCGUCAUUGGCCACGGCCUGCAGACAGAUUUUUGUUUGCCGUUUACAGAGUCUAGAGCUGCUACAGAGACCAAUGAGAUAGCUCAGGACACUUAUUUCAUUCAUGUCUUUCAGGGAGUAUGAAAAUGUUUUUGGAUGCCUUUCCAUGAAACAAAAUCGCUUACAGCAACUUUAACACAAAUUAAGUCAGUUUGUAAGUGGCUCAACAAUGAACCCAUUUUUAUACCGAUUCAUUUAAACAUAAAUUGUUUAAAAAGCAGUAGACAUAGAAGAUCCAUGUAACUUUUAUUUGAGGUUUUCCAUGCAGCAAUGACUGGAAUUCUAUUAAAAGACACAUGAAAUA